UCGAGCUCAUAAGCUCUCCGUUUUUAUCCUUCUAAAUUGACGGAUUCAUUAAUACUUUAGCUCAACAGUUUUUGUCAGCGACCGCUUUUUUUCUGUGGGAUUUAGCCCAAGUAAUGCUAGACGGUGAAGCUUCUCCAGCUGAGGAUCUGGCUCAAUGCCACAUCUGUAAAAGAUGCUUCUUCCCUAAAGUCCUGGAGAAGCAUGCUAAAAUCUGCCAGAAGUCAGCAACCAAAAGGAGGAAGGUUUUUGACUCCAGUCGACAGCGAGCUGAGGGAACAGACAUCCCCACACUCAAACCCAUCAAACCAAAGUCACAAAGUUCAUCUUCUACUGAGAAAGCAGAACCCCCUAAGAAGCCUUCCAACUGGCGGAAGAAACAUGAGGACUUCAUCGCUACCAUCCGGGCUGCCAAGGUCCUCACUCAAGUCAUGAAGGAGGGGGGGCCAUUACCGCCACCUCCUCCUCCUACCUAUGACCCAGACUAUGUCCAGUGCCCUCACUGUCAGCGGAGGUUUAACCAGGGUGCAGCUGACAGACACAUCAAGUUCUGCCAGGAGCAGGCCGCCCGUAUGCCCACCAAGGGCAAGUUAGGAGAUGCCAAGAAGCCUCCUGGUCGCACACCGUGCAAGCCUCCUGCUUCUGUAAAGAAGGCCACCUCUCCUGCUGUGUCAACCAUCCCUUCAGCCUCCUCUCGUUUACCGCAGAGAUCGGGCCUCGCACAGCCCACUGGGAUUCCAUCUGGUAAGGUGUCAUCUGCAGGUUCAUUGAGAAAUAAUCCCUCCGGCCUCACAAGCCCUCCAUCAGGUGUGGGAAGCAAGACCCGAGCAGGGAGCUCUGGCUUUGUGAGGAACACUCAGUCUGGAAUAGCACUCAACAAGAAGAAAGUAGACACCUUCAUAACUAGGAAUCAUGUCGAUGGCGCUGACGAAGUUAACAACGGUGGGAUGAAGACCAAGUUCUGUCAUGCUUGUGGGACCAAGUAUCCUGUUGAAUCCGCCAAGUUCUGCUGUGAGUGUGGGAUCAGGAGGAUGUGUAUUUGAUAACAAAAAGCUAUUCUUAGGGGAUGCACCGGGACUCAAACUAGCAUCAGAGGGUUUCGCCAAAGCAUGCAUUUUCCCGCUUGGGUGUAAUUUCACGGCAGUAAAGGGGUGUAAUCGGCAGACAACCCUUUGCUGUUGCGUUUUCUUUUCUAGUUGCUGUUUAGUCUUCAUGCAUUUUGCUGGCCCAUUCCACUAGUAUCACAUUGUUCAGUUCUGCUGGAUAGUUUACAAUUUCCAAUUAGUACACAUUCUGCCAUUUUCCAAACACAAAUAUAAUAACCAGAAUCUACAAUAAAUGAUAACUGUGACUGGAGGCUGAUGAAUUUCGGUGGCGAACUGAUCUGGUAUAAAGUUAUGUUAAACUGUGGUAAGAGUCAUGAUAUCAGUAGCUCAUAUGGCUGACACAGGCACAACGCGACACGCAGCUCAGUAUUUUCAAUGAGCCUCCUCCUUACUGCUGGUACAGCAUCGCGCCGCUGUUUCCUCCAGCUCAUACACAUGAACAUUAUUGCCGUGAAACUAGAGGCCAUUACAAGGAUUAAGAAUUUGGAAUGAGCGAAAAAAAAACAUUUCCAGUUAAAAAAAACACUUGCAGUCCGUAUUACUAAAGAAAACUUAAUUUUAUCGCCGCUGGACAAUAAAGAGUUCAGCACCCUGUAGAGCGGAGUCAGUAUCAGCAAUUGAAAGCUUUUGGUGCAUCCUUAGAAUACUGUAGAGAAGAUAUAAGUAAGAGAGUAGAUGAAAGCAAAAUUUGUAGUAUUAAAAUAAGUAAGUAAAAUUUGAAUGAGGAGGUAGGGUACAAGUGUUGGGUGACUCAUUGGGGUUGGGUGUGAUUGCCCCUGUAUCUCAAUCGCCAGUCAACCGUGAUUUGAAAUGCAUUCCUUAAUCCCGUUUGCCUCCACUUCCUCACAAGUAUGUUCCUAUAGAAGUGCAAUAUGAUUGACUACUGAAGAAAACUGUUUUUUUUUCCUAAAGGAAGUGUGUUGUAAUUUUGGAAAGCUAUAAAUUGUUUAGACAGGGACCAGUCCAAAAAUGAACUCGCUGUUAAAAGCUCAGUGCUCCCUUUAAGGUCCCUUUUACAGGUAAAGUUUGUUUUUAGCUAUCUAAUCUUAAUGUUACCAUCACAGGCCUGACAUUUCUAGACAAAUGUAGCAUUUACUUAAACCCUUUUAUUCCCCCUUAUUUUAUACAAUGUAAGUAUUUAUUUUCGUAUUCCCUUUGAUUUUACUGAAUGAACAAUGACUGCAUCUCUUUUGUUAAUGCUCUGUGGAAUUAAAAUGUUUUGCUUUGGAUUUGUAUGAAACCUAAAUGCACCUGGAUGUGUUGCAUUUGCUUUUUCCUUGACAGUGUUUCUAUUGAGUCUGUAUUCAAUGCAUUGAGGUAUUUAGGCUCAAUAGUACUACAGUCAUAAAUGCUGUGUACGGUAUGGUUGAUCCCAUCUGGUUGAUAUAAAAGACACUAUUUAUGACCCCACACAGUUCAUUUACAGGUGGGACACUAGGAAAGGCCUCAACUUGAGGUGCAUAGUUAAUCUUCAUUAACCGCCACACUAUUUUAACAGUGUCCUUUGAAAAGUAAAGGAAUUUGUUGCAAGUUUCAAUAACCAAACUAUGUUACACAACAAGAAAUGUUUGAACAGACUGGACGUGUGUGUGUUUACCUGUACUGAUUACAACAGCCGUUAGCCUGGAUACGGAUGUGCACUUGAUGGCAUGUAUAUCCACCAUUAAUAAAUUUCUAUGAAGACUGCU